UCUCGUUCUUUCACAAAAAGACAUCGCGUGAGGGUUUUUUCAGUCUGUCCGAGGAGCAUCAGCGAGGGGCGAGUCAGGCAGCGAGUGAGUGGAGAGUGUGAACGUCCCGUCUGAGGAGAGAGACCCCCCCCGGAACUGUCCACCGCAUCUCUGAAGUUUUUUCCCCAGGUCUUCCUGAUGGCUGCCGACGGCUGCAUCCCUACUAAAUUUGUCAAUAUGAGUGAGAACUCCUUUUACUUCGAAGAUGCUGAAACAGAUUGGGAUGAGGACACUUACCAGCUUUCCAAUAAGCACUGUAAACAUUUGAUCCGAAGCAAGGACAACAAAUGCCUGCUUUUAAAUGAUGACAGUAAAUUUCAAGCCGAAAACCUAACUAAAAGUCAGCAAACACAUCCUGAGUGUCAAUUCAACAUCCGCAGAUACAAUAACAGCAACAUGGACCAAAGUAAUAAGAGGGCAGUCAUGCUGUAUGCUGUUAUUGAUGGCAAGAAGAUGGUGGCAUGCUGCAGCGAGAAGCAUGAAAUUGAUCCUGAGGCAAUGGAGCUUCCAGACAAAAUUGAGGAAACUGCACACAAGGCUUUGUUCUACCUGAUACCUCUCACUGGACAAACAAACAAGUUUAUGUUUGAGUCAUCUUUGUACCCGUCUAAAUUCCUGGGAUUUGAGCCUAUAGAGUCGAAUCCCUCUCUUAACAAGCUGGUCCUGCGUCACAAAGUGGAUCAAGUAGAUGAGAGUUGCGAGGUUUCUCUUUCUGAUUGUAAUGCAUCCCAACAUACCAUUUGUCUGUAAGGAUUAAUUGCUAAAUGGACAGCCUGCAGUACUGCUGGCUGCAAAGUUUCUGGGGGUUUCCCGUACAUGCAGUUUCACAAAGACAAGACUUGUGGGGUACCACUCACACAGUGAGGAGGAUCACUAAAACCCAACUAGGAUGACUGAUGAGUUUAGCAAGUCUAUUUGGGUGUGAAUGCUGCAAGCAUUCGCAUCCUAUGUUGUUGCUAACUGUAGUGAAGAUACUCACUUUAUUUUUGUUCACUUCCUUCACCUCACUUCUUUUAGUUCCUGUUCUUAUCACUGAUUGGCUCCCACUUCCACCUUUUAUUUCUUCCAAUUCAGAUGAGGCAUUUGUCAACAUAAUGAGGGAAGAGAAAGACACACGAGUUGAUCGAUCUGAAAGAAAGCAAACAUAAGAUUAGAAACUAAACUCACAUGUCCAUUUCAAGGAAAUAAGGAGACAGACAUCUAAACUAAGUUUUCAUAAACAUAGGAUCAAACUAAAGAGUAAAUUAAACUUCUUACCAGAACUGCUGCCCGAUGUGGAAGUGAAAGAGUGAGAGAAAGGGAGUGCAGUCCUUAAAUAGUGUGAACAGAUGAACUCAAUCAACUCAAUUAGGAGAAAUGAAAGGUGGAAGUGGGAGCAGUGAUAUAAAGGAAGUGAACAAAAAUAAAGAUAAAGUGAGUAU